AUGCAUGCUCAUCUAAUUCGGAACUCCAGCACUACACUUCUCUCCAAACUGGUCAAUGGAGCCGACAGGUCCCAGACACCCGGCAGCAACCUAUCCAACCCGACUGGAUCUUCAAUCAACAUGGCCAAUCAGGUUAGCCCGGCGCCAAAGAUGUCCGGAGGUGUGGCUUCCGGCUUGAGCACUAAUGGUAUUGCCGACAACUUAACCAAUUUGCUGCCGGUAGGUGCCAGAGGCACAGAGAUGCGGAUAUCGCUGACAUCUGCGCCUGCGCACCCGGUCCCGGGUUCGAGUCCCCUCUGGGCUCUGGUCAACUUGGUGGGCUUGACCGGCCAGCUUUCCUGGCUGGCUGGAGUGUUUACACGACGUGGCAGCUCCACUCACCUUUGGACCGCCCGCCUCAUACAGACCGUUAGCAGAACUACAGUGGAGGCGACCACUGGACAAAGGGUCACUGACCUGCUGACUCGGGUCACUGAGGCGCUACAGACGACUCGCCGCCUCCGCCAACAGGCCUCGAACUCGACUUUGGCUUUGGGCUCGAGCUCGGGUUCAAACUCUUGCUCGGCUACAUCAUUAGGAGGACGAGUUGCCCUGGGGCCCGACGGUCCGCUGAGUUUGCGCAGCCAGACAUCAUGGAAGAGGAUAUGUCAGGAGUAUGCACGAAUGAAAUCAUCACGUUCAGCAGGUUUGCAAAGACAUGUUAUGAUAGUCAAUACGGGGAAAAAUAAAGGUUUGCUGGCGUGA